AGUGGAUUGCAACUCAGGGCACGCGAAGCCGGAGGAAGUGACGUCAGACCCAUUCCAAGAUGUCAGGCACUGGAGAAGCCACAUGGAGAAGUCCUGGAAAGGAUGAGGAGGGCAUGGAAGAGUCGAGCAGUGAGAAUGAAGAUGAUGAGGACGAUAUCAUGGAGGAAGAGGAGGGCGAUGAGAAGGACCAAGGGUCCAGGCGGGUCUAUCUGCCCGGUAUGGAGCCUCUCAAGGAGGGGGAAGAGCUGGUGAUGGACCAGGAGGCUUAUGUUCUGUAUCACCAGGCACAAACAGGUGCCCCAUGUUUAAGCUUUGAUGUUAUCCAUGAUACCCUAGGGGAAAAUCGCACAGACUACCCACUGACUAUGUUCCUCUGCGCUGGUACUCAGGCGGACUCUGCUCAAGCCAACAGAAUGGUGGUAAUGAAAAUGUACAACUUGCACCGGACAAGCAAGGAAAAGAAAGAAGAUUCCGAUUCUGAAAGUAGCGACAGUGGGGAAGAAGAGGAUGAGGAAGAAAAGAAGCCACAGUUAGAACUUGCUAUGGUGCCUCAUUAUGGCGGCAUUAAUCGAAUUCGUGUAACUACAAUGGGGGAUGUACCCGUGGCUGCUGUCUGGUCAGAGAAAGGGCAGGUGGAGAUUUAUGAUCUAAGAAAGCAGCUGGCAGCAGCGUCGGACUCUCAGGUGCUCGCUUCUUUUCUGAAGGAGGAACAAGCCCAAAUCAAGCCAGUGUUUUCGUUCUCCGGGCACAUGACUGAAGGUUUUGCAAUGGAUUGGUCUCAAAAAGUAGCAGGGAGUUUGGUUACUGGUGACUGCAAUAAGAAUAUCCAUCUGUGGAAUCCAAGGGAAGGAGGAACGUGGCAUGUUGACCAGAGACCGUUCACAGGCCAUACUAAAUCUGUAGAGGAUCUUCAGUGGUCUCCUACUGAAGCCACGGUAUUUGCCUCCUGUUCAGUUGAUGCUUCGAUUCGUAUUUGGGACACCCGAGCAGCCCCUAAUAAAGCCUGCAUGCUGACUGCCAGCCAAGCCCAUGAGAGCGAUGUAAAUGUGAUCAGCUGGAAUCACCAGGAACCUUUUAUUGUUAGCGGAGGAGAUGAUGGUGUCUUAAAGAUCUGGGACCUUCGCCAGUUCCAGAAAGGCGUGAGCGUGGCUAAGUUCAAACAGCACAAGGCCCCAAUCACGUCAGUAGAGUGGCACCCGACGGACAGCGGCGUGUUUGCAGCGUCGGGGGCCGAUGACCAAAUCACACAGUGGGAUCUGGCAGUUGAAAGAGAUCAGGAUCAGGAAGAAGAAACAGAAGACCCAGCAUUGGCAGGCAUCCCUCCACAGCUGCUGUUUGUCCAUCAAGGAGAAAAAGAUAUUAAAGAACUUCACUGGCAUCCCCAGUGCCCAGGAAUAGUGAUAAGCACGGCUCUGUCUGGCUUUAAUGUUUUCCGUACCAUCAGUGUGUGAGUUCUGCUGUGCUGUCCACUUGCUGCACAGAAACCUUCAGUUGAUUCAUGUUUUCUAACAAGGGUGCUGUUGGGUUAUUUAUGCUGCCAUCAUUUAAAAGACUGGAGGCUGAGUGUGAGUUUUAUGCCCGGAGCAUUAACACAGCAGUAGUUCAAAAUAAAUGAUAUCACUGUGGCUUACAGGUAUUUGAGCAGAAAUCACCCAGAAAAUAUUGCAAGCUGUUGUCUUUCCUCAUCAGCAAUGUUUAUUAUAAAGCUUGUGUAACUGCUUCCCAA